UUAGAAAAAAACAGGGGAAACAGAGAGCACGGGCAAGGUUAUUCUUCUCUCUCUGCUUGCUCUUGCUCUCCCAUUACCGCCGCAAUUUUCUUCCUUUUCUUAACCUUUCUGCUUAGAUAAACCAAUGGAAAAGAAAGAGAAAAAAACAAAAAAAAAAAUUUUUUUUGGUUUAAAUUAUUCUGUCAUAUUAUGACAUUGUUUUGAUACUUAAUAAAUCACUUCACAUUUUCCAAGGAUCAGCAACCUCCUAAGUUUGUUCAAAGAACAGACCUUUUUGCAGGAGGAAAAAAAGGGGGAAACCAAACACUCUUUUCCAUUUUUGUCGUUCACUUCCCUUCCAAGAUGGCCCCUGUCACCUGCAUUCUCUUAAUAUGCAUCUUGGGUUCUGUCUGUUCUUUUGCCAGAGCUUCCUUCAAUCUUAGCCUCCCUCACCAGCACCCUGACCCUGAUUCUGUUGUUCAAGAUGUUCAAAGGAGGUUGAAUGUGUCCUUAUCAAGAAGACAAGCCCUGUCUGUAAUCGAAAAAGACCAAUGCCUAACCGGAAACCCCAUAGACGACUGCUGGCGAUGCGACCCCAACUGGUACAACAACCGUCAACGUUUAGCUGACUGCUCCAUUGGCUUUGCGCAAGGCACACUAGGCGGCAAAGGUGGCCCUAUCUACACAGUCACCGAUUCCUCCGACAAUGAUCCUGCUAACCCCAAACCAGGCACUCUCCGUCAUGCUGUUAUUCAAAAUGAACCCCUUUGGAUCAUAUUCUCAACAAACAUGGUCAUCAAACUCAAACACGAGCUCAUUUUCAACUCUUACAAAACCGUUGAUGGCCGUGGCUACAACGUUCAUAUAACUGGAAAUGGGUGCAUAACUUUGCAGUAUGUGUCUCACGUCAUCAUUCAUAACAUCCAUGUUCACCAUUGUAAACCUUCAGGGAACACUGUCAUUGCUUCAUCUCCAACUCGUGUUGGUUGGAGAGGAAGAUCUGAUGGUGACGGGAUUUCCAUUUUUGGUUCCCAGAAGCUCUGGAUUGAUCAUUGCUCCCUUAGUUAUUGUACUGAUGGAUUGAUUGAUGCCAUUAUGGGGUCCACUGGCAUUACCAUUAGCAAUAGCUAUUUUUCUCACCAUGAUGAAGUUAUGCUUUUGGGCCACGAUGACAGGUACUUGCCUGACUCAGGAAUGCAGGUGACUAUAGCCUUUAAUCACUUCGGAGAAGCAUUGGUGCAAAGAAUGCCAAGGUGCAGGCGAGGGUACAUACACGUGGUGAAUAAUGAUUUUACUGCAUGGGAAAUGUAUGCUAUCGGUGGUAGUGCUAACCCUACCAUCAAUAGCCAAGGGAAUCGAUAUACUGCACCAGCGGACCCCAAUGCUAAAGAGGUGACAAAGAGAGUGGACACAGACGAGAAAGAAUGGACAUAUUGGAACUGGAGAACAGAUGGGGACAUAAUGGUAAAUGGAGCUUAUUUUGUGCCCUCUGGAGCUGGCCUAAGUGCUCAGUAUGCUAAAGCUUCCAGUGUAGAGCCCAAAUCCGCUGCCCUCAUUGAACAACUCACUUUCAAUGCUGGCGUUUUUGGUGACGCUAGGGAAGAGACUGGGAGCAUUUCUUAUCCAGGGUACACCGGGUCCAGCAGCAGCGGCGCUACCAACACAGGUAGUGUAGGAUCCGGUGAUGGCGGUGACUUCUUUGGAAUGAUAUUCGGGAGCGGCGCGCCACCGCCCCCACCAUCCACAUCCAUAGCCUCAAUAUGUUUGUUUCUUCUAAUUAUUUUGAUUUUGUAUUCUAUCACCAACCAAGGUUCUCUACUAUCAUCGAUAUUAUCAUUAUUAUUGUUAUAGAAAUUACAAAAGA